AUGGAGGAGGUUGAAUCCACUCCUAUUGAGGACUUUCGUUUUCCGUGGGAACAUUUGGCCGACUUUUACGCUGUUUUUCAACAGCGAAAUUCAACAGACGAAACUACACUCGAUUACGAUUGCUGUUUGUCUAGAGUUCAUCUAAAAAAAAGAAAGAGAACGUUCGAUGACGCUCAAAGAUGGUUAAACAACACAAGCUUUGAGGAGUAUUGGGAGGACACCGCGUCAUAUUUGGUUUAUCGUUCUUGGUAUGAAGAUUACGGUGGUAUAAUGAACGAAAAUGAUAAGAAUACAUUAGCGAAGCAGAUUGAGGAUUGCAAACCAUUGGCGCUGAUUCCGGCGCACACAGAUGAACAUAUUUCGAAAUACUUUGGACUUACCAAGGGCGUCAACUUUUCUACUUACGAAGAGCUAUUCGACUUACACUCAGAAAAGGUUGUGAAAUUGGCUGAAAAAGAUUUCGAACUUUUUCGCAUUGCGCUCACCAGUCAUCGUUGCAAGACUUUUCUUAGAAAGAUUGAGAAGAUGGGCUUUGUACCUGGCUACAACGAAUCGGACAUAUUCAGCGACAUCUACUAUGAUCUUUACGAUCCUUAUGCGGCAUCCAUGAGCGUUGUCCUCAAUAGAAAAGAGGAGGCUAAGAGUGACGCAAGGCCAGCGGACCAAUCAGAAAGUGUUGAAAAUGAGCGACAAACUUCUAGUGAAGUUGAUUACUGCAAGGCGAAUUUUUCAUUCGCGUUCGAUCCUACGAAGGAUGCUCAUUUAGUUGCCAAGAAUGCCUUUGAAGCCUACAGGGACGAUAAGGAAAUUAUCAAGUAUUGGUAUCAGAGGUAUCGCCUGUUCUCAAAACUGGACAAGGGAAUUCUGAUGGACCGAGAGGGAUGGUUCUCGGUCACACCGGAACGGAUAGCGGAACACAUUGCUGAUCGGAUGGUUCGGCGACCGAAUGUGUUGAUUGUUGACGCUUUCGCCGGUGUAGGUGGAAACAGUAUCCAGUUGGCGAUGAAGGGAGCGUUAGUAAUAGCAAUUGACCUGGAUCCGGUUCGGCUGAAGUGCGCUCGCGAAAAUGCAAAGGUUGACGCAGUAUUCCUCAGUCCUCCAUGGGGUGGACCAAGCUACCUGAAGUUGAAGGAUUAUUGA